GAUUUGAUUUGAAGUGGGUUACCCUUAUUGGCGUGAUGCGUAGGUUGUUUGCCUUCUGCUUCCCUGUCUCUCCGUUCUCUACAUCGGUGUCUAAAAAUGGGAUGGUAGCCGUGAGGCCAUCGGAACUUAUGAGGGGCUAAUGUGUGAGGGGCUAAUGUGGUCGAAGUUUAGAGGGGGCAGUGUAGCGAUCCUCACUAAUAUGAACAGCAUUACAUGUACCACCAAAUGGUUUAACCCUAUCGGGCAUGAUGCGUAGGGUGUUUGCCAUUUACGCCAGAGACACAGGUUCGCUUCAAUAUCAAACCAUUUGACAUUACUUAAAUAGAACCAUCAAGCUUCAUGUCAGAUUACAGUCCAGAUAAUAUAUGCAGUGCAAUAUAAUUAAGGCAUGUUUCGUUUAAACUAAUACUUUAAAAAAAAAAUGUAUUUAUGGUUACAAGCCUACCAUAGCCUACAAAUACUUUUCUGAACUGGUUGCAAGACAUGCUUUGGUAAAUGACUCCCUGAUAAAAUAAAGGUUAAAUAAAAUAUCAAUGAAAUGGAAUCUUCACUGUACAGCUCGGAGACAUGGGAGUAGGAUUUAGGAAGUCACGAGAAUGUCACAUUUGAAACCAAUUGUACCCUAUUUUCUAAAAAUAAAGAUAAUUGAUUUUAAAUGAACGCUCGAGACUGCCCCAGAUCAGCUGACGCAGUGUGCGUAUCCUGCUACGCAUGCGCACUGGAAACUGUCUAACAGCACCAUCAACAGACUGGGGAACAAGCAGCCAGAGGAGAGGCACAAGCUGGCGUUUUGUUUACCUCCAAAAGAAGAAGAUAACAUUUUCUCAACAUGUCGGGAUUUGACGAGAACCCAUUUGUAGAUGCAGUGGAUGUCAAUCCUUUCCAGGAUGCCUCAGUCACACAAAUCACCAGCGGUGGGAUUGAAACCGUUGAGGAAUUCAACCCAUUCUCAGCCAGUGCUAUGGGCACCCACACUGGGACCACCAUCCCUAUCUCUGCUGCCUCCUCCCAACCAGCUGUCCUACAGGCUUCUGCUGUGGAGCCCACCCCACAAGCUACUGCGGCUGCUGCCCAGGCUAACCUGCUCAGGCAACAGGAGGAGCUGGAGAAGAAAGCUGCUGAACUGGAUCGGAAAGAGCAGGAGCUCCAGAACAGGCCUGGAGGCCACAUUACAAAAGAAAACAACUGGCCGCCACUUCCCAAGUUUUCCCCCAUAAAGCCUUGUUUCUACCAGGACUUCAAUGAAGACAUCCCUGAAGAGUACCAGAAGAUAUGCAAGAGGAUGUACUACCUUUGGAUGUUUCACAGUAUCACACUCUUCCUGAACCUUCUGGCCUGCCUGGCCUACUUCACGGCCGAUCCAAACGCGGGGGUGGACUUUGGUCUGUCCAUCCUCUGGUUCGUCCUCUUCACCCCCGUCUCUUUCGUCUGUUGGUACAGGCCAGUGUACAAAGCCUUCAGGUCGGACAGUUCCUUCAGCUUCUUCUUCUUCUUCUUUGUUUUCUUCUUCCAAGUGUCUGUCUACAUCAUCCAGUGUGUGGGGAUCCCCAAGUGGGGGAACAGUGGAUGGAUUUCGUCCAUCACCAUGAUAAGAAGCAACAUGGCUGUAGCUGUGGUCAUGAUGGUUGUGGCCGGCUGCUUCACUGUGAACGCUGUCCUCGCCAUCAUCCUACUCAAAAUGGUCCACUCCAACUAUCGUCGGACGGGGGCCAACUUCACCAAGGCCCAGCAGGAGUUCUCUUCGGGGGUCCUCACCAACCAGACCUUUCAGAGCGCCGCGGCCAGCGCCGCCUCCUCAGCCGCCCAGGGGGCCUUCCAAGGACGCUAGUGAUCCUAAAGUCACAGGGCCAGGUUCCUCCUAACCUUUCUAGGCACCUCUCACUCACUCCAAGCCCCGUUUUGUCCCAUGGCCUCAGUGUCUCUGCAGAGGCAACAGAAAUGGCUGACAGGACAGAAACUAGACUGGUAUACAGGAACAUUACAAUUUACUGCUGUAUCAUGGACAUUCUCUAACCACAGCCAUUGAUGCAUAAUCCCAAUUCAACCACUAGCCCCGUGUAUUCAAUGUGGUGGAAACUCUGCUAGCUGAUCAGAGGGUAUAAAUGGAGCUAUUACCAUGUUGAUUGGACUUAUCCAAGUGUCUGGGGGGUUGGUUUGGGAUUGUGGUGUCUUGCUGAUAUGGGGGUUUGGUUUGGGAUUGUGGUGUCUAGCUGGUAAGGGGCUAGGGUUGGUUUGGGAUUGGGGUGUCUGGCUGGUAGGAGGCUAGGGUUGGUUUGGGAUUGGGGUGUCUAGCUGGUAGGGGGCUAGGGUUGGUUUGGGUUUUGGCACCAGAGUUUGGCAAAGUGUCCUCCAUGUUGGUACCAAACAUUCCAUGACAAUAAUGUACAUUUUCAUUCUAAGUGGAAUGUGAUACUUUAAGAAAGCGAAUGCGUAAUCUGUCUUGCUCGUCUCCUGUAGGUUUUAAUGCUAUUACACUAUGCUCCUAGCAAAUGAGGAAUGCUCUCCCUAGAAUACUUUACAUUGUCAUUUUAAUCCUCACUAGAAUGAAAUAGUUUGGUACCAGCAUGGCGCUUAUCAUUAUGAAAACACAAUCUCCAAUUAAGUUGUAUUUUUAUUCAGUAUAUCAAUUGCGCUCUGUCCCAUAGCCUAGUCUUUACCUCGUUAUGUUCUCUUCUUCCUCACUGUCCUGCCCUAUCCAGACACUCAGGUCCUCUUCUCAGGACAUACUGUACCGUUAACGCAGAGAUCUCCAACUCUAGUUGUGGAGAGCCACUGUUAGUGCAAGAUUCUGUUCUUUCCUAACACUAACACACACGUUUCAAAUACUCAACUGAUCACGGUCUUCAGUCUCGACCUUGAUUUUUGUUCAAUCCGGUGUGUUGGUGCUAGGCUGGAACAAUGCCUGCGUACCCAGUGGCUGUCCAAGACUGAAGUUGGAGAUCCUUGUAUUACAAGGGUUUGGGUACAAAAAUGUUACCGAAGUGGGCAUCUGAGGUAAAAACACUGAAAUGUCUACUGAAGGAAUUACAUUUUAUUUUGUGAAGUUUACAUUGUUGUUGAGGUUUAUUUUUGCUCUGAUCAUAAUAUAUUGAAGGGAUGAAUGGUUUUAUUUCUUAGAUUUUUUUUUGUGAUUUCAUAUUUUACUGUUCUUCAAUCCCUCAGUAGGGUUGGACGUGCUGAAGUAUGAUAAGGCAACUGCUGUGUUUUUGUAGCUACAAUAAUGAAGAUAUUGGGUGACGGUUUAACUAAAUGGGAAAUCCUGUAUACGCAGAUGUUAGUGCACCACCGGCGGUAUCCCUCCUACUGUACUUUAAAGUAACUUUCCAGUGAAAAUCACACUUUUAAAAGUUCAUGUUCUGUUAACUCCUACCCAAAUAAUGUUGUUGACUCAUCCUAUACUCAUAUUUUUGUCAAAACCAUAAAUUGGAGAAAAAAAACACCUCCAAACAGUUUAAAAAAUGCUUGCUAUUUCCUCAGAGCAGGAUGAGCUGGCCAAUCAGUGGUCUACUCUCAGUAAUAUUUUUAAUAACCGGUAUACGCCCACACCAUUCCAACACAGAAUAGCUGUUUUAAAAAAAAAAAAAUAUCGUACUUCAUUAUUUAUUUUAAUUGGAAGGAAAACAAUUUGUCAUAUUGUGCAUAAUUAUAGGUUAUAUUUCAUAGAAAUAUUAACACGGGACAGUUACUUUAAUGAACAUAGAACCACUUCUGUGCUGUCACCACUACAUUUUGGAGUUGGUGGCUUUGGUAUUAUGACGUCAGGACAAGUGGGAUCUUUUCUUACAAAUCAGACAAAGGACGAGUUAGUUUUAAAUUGACACUUAAUUAUUUUUUCUCUAUGAAUGAGAUAUAGACCAGUCAAUGUGGGUACUGUGGCAUGCUCAUAGACAUUUCUGGAAGAUUGAAUGUAUUUAGUGCAAGAAUAGAAUAUAGUUACAGCCAUGUGAGAAUGAGUGAGUGGAUGGAGGAAUGAGCUGACAGGACAAAUGAAUGAAUGAUUUGAGUAAUUACAUAAUGAUCUAAAUGUAUUAAUGAAUAGUUAGUUAUUGAUUGUGGAUAUGUGCCUAAAGUAAAGUUCAGUACAAUAACCCUAAAGAUUGCAGUAAACCAAGUCAUGACUUCUAAUACAGCAACGAUCAAAAAAUAGAUUUACAUUCUUGAUUUUAGUUGUUGGGUAGUAGUUACAACACAGGCAUAUUAUUAUUUUUAAUGUACGGUUGGUUACUCUACACUUUUUCUGAAAUGUCACUAUGCUGUCUACUGGACAUUUGCAGUCUUGCUACACUACCGCUGUUUGGUUCCUGAUAUGUCAACUCUGAUGUUAUGUAGCUGACACUGGUUUACUGAGAUUUAUUUUUGAGCCUAAAACUCACUGAGACAUGACUUUAAAUGAGCCUCACCUUCUGCCUAUUAACUACCAUUAUGAUCCGUCCGUGUUCUGAAUGUUUGUCCAGAUACAUGUGUGUUUAUCUGAUCCUUCUAUUGGGUAGGGUACUGUUACUGGGUAUUAUCUAGCACAGGGGUGUCCAACCCAUCUUCUGGAGAGCUACUGAGUGUGCAGGCUUUUGUUUUAGCCCUGCUCUAACACCUAAUUCAACUGCUCAUCAGGGCCUUGCAUGACUAGCUGAUAGCUUCUGAUUUGGUCGAAUCAAGUAGGGAUGGAAUGGAAGCCUGCACAGUGCACACCCAGUAGCUCUCCAGGAUGGCUGUCCUUCUGGAGGUCAAGGGUCAAAUCUGUUUGUCACUGUACAUAUGUCUGACAUGUUACAAAGCUGUUAUUUUGUCUGAGGGAUUUUUACGACUUAUCUCUGAAGUAAUUUAUAGAUCUAUUGUUACUGCUAUUAUUCAAUAAAUGGAUGCAUUUCUUUGCUCUCUCUUGAACGUCAAA